UAUGCACAACUGUCAGUCAGUAUUUAUUGUGUCGAACAAUUGCACGCAUUGCUUGGUUUCUUCGUUUAUCGCACAAUUAUUGGAAUUUUUUUUUUUCAUUCAAUUGGUUAUUUGCUGACAACGCUAAAAUGAACAAGUUGCCUGGGUAUGGCGAUACGGUCAUUUGCCCGUACAAUAAAUGUCAUGUGAUUAUGAAAAGUCGAAUUCAAACGCACUUAAUAAAAUGUGCAAAACAGCAUCCAGAAAUCCAGUUGGAGACCUGUCCAUUCGAUGUCACCCACAAAUUUCGGCCAGAAGACAAAAAUGCUCAUAUUGAUGAAUGUCCAUCGCGUGAGAACUUCGAUCGUUACGUGUACAGUGUCAGCACAAACAAUGCAAAGGAAACCACUGAGACAAAGCCGAGUUCAAAAUCACGCAGAACCCACAAUAAUGAUGAUGAAGACUGGGAAUAACUAUGGUGGAGUCACGCUUUUUGCCAUUAAACAACUUUUUCGAAAGAGGAAAUAAAUUUGCAUCCAGAUAUAUUUAAUAAACAGUUUUUUUUCUAUGACAUUCUAACUAUAAUAAAGAAGAUGAUAAUAAUAAUGAUGAUUUGUCAAAACAAUUUACACAAAUUGAGUUGUUUGGAGAGGCAUAAGUAAAUAGAAAUUUUUUUUUGGAAAUAAAUGAUAUAAACAAGAGAAAGAAAAGCAUAUAAGACAAAA